UGCACGCUUAUUGUGGUAUUUGUUAUCUGUAAUCGGUUUUGCAUGUUUGUCAUGAUUUCGGCAUUGGUGUGAAGCAUUAGGGUUUUGAUAUAGGUUCCGAUUAUGUGUUUUUGUUAGGGUUUGUACAUUGAUUCGAAAUAUUAGGGUUUUGAAAUGGGGUCCCUAUGGGGUUCGUGGAAGUUCAUUUGAAGAAUUUGGAAUAUUGGAGGGCCGUGGCUUGCUGGACAAUGUUAGCAAUCGCUCGGCUUACAAUGAGAAGGUACAGUCCUUCAAGGAGGGCAUAUGGGGGUAGGGAAAGAAGCCCAACCCGGGGCCGUUAUGGAGGAUAUGGUGGGCGCAAAGAAAAUAAUAAGGGUAGUCUUCUGGUUCGAAACAUUCCUCUUGAUUGCAGACCCGAUGAUCUUCGAGUGCCAUUUGAACGCUAUGGGCCACUACGAGAUGUGUAUCUGCCGAAAGACUACUAUACGGGGGAACCUCGUGGUUUUGCAUUUGUGCAGUUUGUAGAUCCUUUUGAUGCUGCAGAGGCCCAAUAUCACAUGAAUGGACAAAUGUUUGGUGGAAGGGAGAUAACUGUGGUGCUUGCUGCAGAGACUAGAAAGAGACCCGAGGAAAUGCGAAACAGAGCAAGAGUAAGAGGUCCUUCAGGCUAUGAUGGACGGCGAUCAUCUUAUUAUGGUCGCUCACGCUCUCGUUCGUUGUCCCGUUCUCGCUCUCCACGUUACCAUUCCACUUCUAGAGUUCGAUACCGUUCAAGAUCUUACUCUCCAGCUCCAAGGCGGAGAGGCGAUUAUUCUGUUUCUCCUGAAAGGAGAAGAGGUGGGGACUAUCCUCCAGUGCAUGACUAUGGCCAGAGCCGUGGCCGAAGGUCUCUCUCUCCUCCACAGUAUGCCAAUGCAAAUCGCAGCCCUGCUGGGAAUGGCUAUGAUGAGAGAAAUGCAUAUGAUGAGGCUGAAGAGGAACGCCGUUUCCCAAGAUCUUCAAGAGGCAUUUCAAGGUCACCAUCAGGCUCUCGCUCAAGAUCUGCAGACUUGUCUCCAAGGCGUGGGAGGCCGUGAGGCAACAGUAAAAUGGUCGGAGUGAUAUUUCAUCUACAGGAAUGUAAAUUGAUAGAAAUCUUUUGAAUGCUAGUGAUUUUAGUGUUUUAAGGAGUGUUACAUGCAACAAUCCUUAAUUUUAUUCCCUCUUCUGACUGGUAGACUCAGUUUGUUUCUUGUUAGCUAUCAGUGGAUUUGUCUUUGCGGUAUGGCUUGAUAGACCUGAGGCCCUCAUGUGACAAAAAUGGCAUACAAUUCCUUUGGAUGGGGUGCUCCAGAUGAUCUUUAUUUGGAUGAUUAGUGUGUUUAGUGUCAUGCAUAUGCAUGCAUUAUUGAAGAACAUAAAUGAUUUUAGAAUAUUCAUUGUGCACCUAAAUUUGAAUGGGUGUGCGUAAAUGUCGGUUACCUGGAAAAGAUGAAGGAAAAGAAAUUCAAAA